AUGACCUGGAUAUGCGGAGAUUUACGGUGUCGAGCCAGACCUAGGAAAAGAGCAAAAGGAGAGGCAGACCUAGGAAAGAAACACGUCCACCUGCCCUUCUACUCUGAGUACUGCACACGCCUGUACGACAAGCUGCAGGCGGAAUUCAUGGCGCGCCUCUUCACAGGUUUUGGCCACCGCUACGCUGCGGAGCUCUUUGACAAGCUGGAGCCUAACUUCUGCUCGCAGCUCUUCUCCGUGCUCGGGUCAGCGUUCGCAUCGCGUCUCCUCCGCCAGCUUGGAGACGACUUCGUAGCGGACCUCUUCUUGUCCUUGGGCACGCCGUUCGUCGGCACACUGUUCCAUGAACUGGGCGCUUGUCCAGAAGUCCUCCGACAGGAGGCUCACGGCACCGCUGCUGAUUUAUUCAGCUUCGGGGCUGUGAUCUGGACCUUGCUCAGCGGGGGGAACGACGCCCAGGAGCGGCCACAACCGGUCGUCCACGACUGGCUGGCACCCCCCAGCUUCAGCAACCCUAGGCGAUGCCUGGAAGUUGCCGAGGAGAACCCGAUCGUCCAUGUGCGCAUGGUCAUCUUGUUUUUCGUGGCAUUUUCCUUGCUUCAUGUUCGUUUCGACGUGCCGGGCCACUCCGUGGACCAGAUUGUUCAUCUCCGCACGUACUGUUACUUCUCGUGGUGCAGUGAUCGGUUCGUAUUCGUUUCGAUGUCCUUGGCCAUCGUGGAUUGA